AUUAGUAGAAAUAGGUAUUUGUAAGCGUUAAAAAGAGCGCUUUGUUGUUGUUACAUCUGCUGUUUUAUAAUUAUGAAAAAAUUGUUUCUUUCUGAUUCUCAAUAAGUUAAUAUUAUGGAUAUAAAUUUUUCUGAAACUUUAAAAUACAAGUGUCAUUUGAAUAAAUUUGUUAAAGUUCAGACUGUUGAUCGUAUUUGCCAUGAAGGAUGGAUGAAGGCUCUUGACCCACUAAGUGGAAACAUUAUUCUUGUCACUCUUAAUAAUGAUAAAUCGAAAAUAACUAAGUCUACACUGAUCAUAAGUGAAGCCUGUGUAAGUGUAAAUGUUGACGAAUCAGUUCCAGGAACUUUACCUGAUUUAUCUCUUGGUAAUAACACUUCUUUAACACCAGCAGAAUUAGAAGAAUUGAAAGGACGUUUAGUUACUUGGAUUAAAAAGCAUCGACUACCUGUAACAGAAGAUGAAGAUGGCUCUCUGAUAGUUUGUGAUUCAGUGACUAUUCGUCCUCCAUAUCGUCCCGAAAACUGCAUCAGUAAAAAUGUUCGCAUUUUACAAAAAACGUCAGAAAUUAUUGAAAGUUUGCCUGCAGAGAUCGAAACUAUUGAAACUCAACUCAAAAAUGCUGUAGAGGAAGUAGUUACCGCUUGAUAUUUUUCGGGUGCUUUUAUUCGUAUUUAUUUGUUCUGCUUUUUUUUUUUUU